CCAUGGCCUCCUUUCUCUCGAAGAAGCAGAAGCAGAAGAAGAACACCACGAAGCUCUCCGACCUCCGCGCCCUAGGGCACGACCUCCUCUCCUCUCGAAGCCACGUCAACAACCUCCCGAAGCUCCUCUCCUUCAUCACCCCAACCUCGCCGCCUCAGUUCGUCCUCGAAUCCCUCCUCUCCCUCCAAUCCUUCUUCACUCCCCUCCUCCCUGACCUCCCUUCCUCCUCCUCCUCCACUCACUCCCCCGACGACGAUCCCGAGCUCAUCUACCGCACCUGGCUCCGCUCCAAAUUCGACGAGCUCGUCGAGUCCCUCGUCCAGGUCCUGCUCUCGCCGGACUCCGAUGACACUCUCAAGGAGGUGGUGUUGGAUACGCUGAUGGAGUUUGUGAAAUUGGGAAAUGGAGGCAAGUUUCACUCUGCUAUAUUCCAUAGGUUUCUUCGCAACAUUGUGUACUCUACGACGUCGACGGAUUUCUUGGUGGACUUGCUUGCAUCAAAGUAUUUCAAGUACAUCGAUGUGUGUUAUUUUACCUACAUUAGCUUGGAAAAACUUGCAAAAACCCUAGAUGCAAAAGGCAUUUCUGAUGAUAGAAAUCAGAGCGCAGAUGUUAAUAACGGGAGUCAUCUUAGUGGAAGCAUGGAGCAACUAAUUCGCAAAAUCCAUUACAUUAUAUCACAUAUCCCCGCUUUUGAAGGUUCAGUUGAAAAAACUGAUUAUGACAUGUGGAGUGGAUCAAGUGAAUCUGAAGAGCAUUCUAAGAGCCAAAAAGCAAAAGAUAAAAAGCAAAAGACUGAGAAGCAUAAUGACAACGCAUUGUCUGCAGCCAACAUUGUCAAAAAGAUGAAAUUAAAAUUUACUAAAGCAUGGUUGUCAUUUCUAAGGUUACCACUUCCUCUUGAUGUGUACAAGGAGGUUCUUGCCAGCUUUCAUCAGGCAGUCAUUCCUUAUAUAUCUAACCCCGUUGUGUUAUGUGACUUCUUAACUAGAUCAUAUGACAUUGGUGGUGUUAUCAGCGUCAUGGCUCUUAGCAGUCUAUUUAUCAUAAUGACAAAAUAUGGUUUAGAGUACCCCAACUUCUAUGAGAAGCUUUACGCAUUACUGAUUCCUUCAAUUUUUAUGGCAAAGCAUCGAUCAAAGUUUUUUCAGCUUCUUGAUUCUUGCUUAAAGUCACCACUUCUUCCUGCUUAUUUGGCUGCUGCUUUUGCUAAGAAAUUGAGUAGGCUGUCACUUUCAGUCCCUCCUUCUGGAGCCUUGGUUGUUAUUGCGUUGAUUCAUAAUCUUCUACGGAGACACCCUUCAAUCAACUGUUUGGUGAAUCGGGUGCAGCAAGGUGAUCAAGAUACUGUGAAAGUUGAUCCAGAAGCUGAGGUAAGUACUCCUGAUGGUGCAGAUGCCAAUGUUACUGAUGCAGCAGAUCAGUCACUCAGAAAACCAGUCAUUGAUCCCUUUGAUAAUGAACAAAGUGAUCCUAAGAAAUCAAAUGCCAUGAGAAGUUCACUCUGGGAGAUUGAUACCCUCCGGCACCAUUACUGCCCACACGUUGCAAGGUUUGUGGUGUCACUUGAGAAUGAUUUGACAGUCAGAAGCAAAACCACUGAAAUUUCUGUCGAAGACUUCAGCUCGGGUUCAUAUGCAACAAUAUUUGGAGAAGAGAUGAGACGGCGGGUAAAGCAGGCUCCAAUAUCCUUCUACAGAACGACUCCCACCUGUUUAUUCCCGGAGUCCGAGACUGAUUUUCUUGGGUGGACGUUCCAGUGUGAGGACAUUAAGAGAAAGAAUGAUAACACUAAUGAGAACGGGGAUAUGCAGAAAGAAAGUGAUCGUAGUUCAGGAAAACGGCAAAGAGUCGAGUGUGCAUAAGGAUUUGAUCGUAAUUGGAUCAAACAGGGGACGAGUUGGUUUUUGAACUACAUUAAAAUGAUUUUUAGGUCUACAUUUCUCAUUUGUACACUGCACCAAAUUUUGUCCAAAACAGUAACUAGUUUAUUGUUGUACUUCUUUGCACUACAUUCCUUGAACUUGUACUGAAAGAGAUAUUAUUAAAGCCAAGUUCUUGAAAUCAAUUGUGUUACAUUUUGUUUUGCACGUUUACCCUUAAGAGAAUAUGAAUGGAUUGAUGUUUUGACG